UACAUACCGUAUUGUACCGUUAUCGUAUCGUCAAGUCGAUACUAUUACGAGACGGAUCCGAUAGUUUACUUGCUUGGGCUACAGGACACUGUUGAUGUUAAUAGGAUGUGCGCUUUUUGUUUCUAAAGAAGCGCUUAAAACGUAGUGGUUAUGUACUCUUGUGUUCGUGUCAAGGAAGUGAUUGUCAGAUGGUGAAUAAAUGUCUGUAAAGCCAAUAAAAAUGCCGUCGGCGACGAAAGAUACAACAAUAUUGAAGAUUGCGGUGGAAAUGUUAAAUGCGCCUGACAAGGUGCCACAAUUGAUUGAGUUCGAUCAAAGUCAACCAUUGUCUAGUAUAAUCCAACUUUUAUGCAAGGCGUGGGGUCUUCCAGAUCCCGUUAAUUACGCUUUACAAUUCUCUGAAAGCAAUAAUCAAAAUUAUAUUACUGAGAAAAAUCGUAACGAAAUAAAAAAUGGUUCUGUGUUGCGCCUCGAACAAUCUCCGGCAAAAACGGUUCAAGAUAUAUUGUCCAAAAUUAACACAGGUACAGAAGCUGAACAAACGAUCGCCCUAACAAAACUUUCAAAUGUUAGCAGUGACCUCACUUUCGCUCUGGAAUUUAUAAAUAAAAAAGGACUAUCUCUUGUUAUCAACAACAUAGAAACAGGAAAAUUCAAAGGCAACUGCUUAAAAUAUGCCUUAGUAACAUUCGUCGAAUUGAUGGAUCAUGGAAUAAUAUCUUGGGACAUCUUAGAAAACCAAUUUAUAAAUAAAGUUGUCAGCUUUGUUAGUAAUCAAACGAAUGCACAAGAUCCAAAGAUAAUUCAAUCAUGUCUAUCAAUUCUUGAAAAUAUUGUCCUCAACAGUUCAGGCAAGAACUCUCAUGUUGAAAAAGAAAUAACUAUACCUAGUUUGAUCUCCCAUCUGGAGAACCAAGAUAGAAUCAUCCAGCAGAAUGCCAUUGCCCUUAUUAAUGCAAUCUUUUCUAAGGCUGACUUGACAAAAAAGAAGACAAUUGCUGCUACAUUAUGUUCUAAACAAGUUAGAAACAAGAUUUAUGAAAACCUUAUUACCAAGAAUGUAUCAAAAGAAGCUUUAGGUACCGAGCUAGCUCAUCAGCUUUAUGUGUUACAAACAUUGACCCUAGGUCUUCUUGAACCUAAAAUGCGCCAAAGAGCCGACUCACAAGAACAAGAGUCACAGGAGAAAAUUAAGGAAUUAAGAAAGUUAGCAUUUGAAAAUGACAAUAAUACUAAUAUGGAAGUGACAACAAGACGUCCAACAGGUAGUUUAUCAAAGGAUUUCAAAAAGCUUGGCUUUAAAUGUGAAAUUGAUCCAAUCAAAGAUUUUAACGAGACCCCACCUGGAGUACUUGCAUUAGACUGCAUGUUGUACUUUGCUAGAAAUUAUAGAGAGGAUUAUACAAAAAUUGUUCUGAGAAAUAGCUGUCGAGCAGAUGAACAAGAAUGCCCAUUCGGUAAAACUAGUGUUGAAUUAGUCAAACUUUUAUGUGAUAUAUUACACAUUGGGGAGUCACCGAGUGAACAGGGACAAACUUAUCAUCCUCUUUUUUUCACACAUGAUCAUCCAUUUGAAGAACUAUUCCGCAUUUGUAUAGUCUUACUAAACAAAACUUGGAAAGAAAUGAGAGCUACAACAGAAGACUUUGUUAAAGUAUUAAGUGUUGUGAGAGAACAGAUUAGCAGAGCCUUAGCCGCAUCUCCUAAAAGUUUUGAUAUAUUUCGACAGAAGAUUAAAGAGUUAACGUACAGCGAAAUCACACAUCUGUGGCAGCAGGAACGUACUAAUCGAGAAGUAUGGGAAUCCCAUGCUAGGCCGAUUGUUGAACUUAAGGAAAAAAUAACACCUGAAAUUAUAGACUUGAUUCAACAGCAGCGAUUAGGAGUAUUGGUAGGUGGGACGAGAUUUAAGAAAUACAUGAAGAUUAACAGAAAGGAUAAGUUUUGGUUUGUUCGUUUAUCACCAAAUCAUAAAAUAUUACACUAUGGGGAAUGUGAUGAAAAAAGUACACCUAGUUUGGAAGAAUUAGGAACUAAAUUGGCUGUAGCUGAUAUUAAAUGUGUCGUGGUUGGUAAAGAAUGUCCCCACAUGAAAGAUUUGAAAGGAAAAAUUAGUAGUCCACAUUUAGCAUUCUCUCUCAUUCUAAAGGCAGCUGAAGUCCCAUCACUAGAUUUUGUAGCACCAGAUGAACAAAUUUUUGACUAUUGGACUGAUGGUAUAAAUACUUUACUAAAGGAGAAAAUGACUAGCAAAUCUUUUGAGAAUGACUUGGAAACUCUGUUGUCUAUGGAUAUAAAAGUGAGACUUUUAGAUGCUGAAGGUAUUGACAUACCCCAAGACCCACCUCAGAUUCCUCCAGAACCAGAAGACUAUGAUUUUUAUUAUGAAAACAAUUAAUUUGUUUCAAAAUUAAUGUAAAUAAUAUGAAGUAUUUUUUAGUUUUUAAGUAUAUAGUAAGUCUUACUUAGUGAUAAUUAUUUUCAUUCCUAUCUUAUUUACUUUUUUUAUAUUUUUAUGAAUCAAAUGUUCGUGUUUUUAUAAACCAUAAUGUAUUAAACAAAUUAUAUGGUUUUAAUUAGUGAUAUAAAUCCUUUUUAGAAAAUGAAACUAUUUAGAUUACAUAAUUUAAUGAAUAUUUUUAUCUAAAUUCAAAUAUAUAUAUUAUGUAAGCCAUGUAUAUGCAAUUUAUUACCAUUUUUUUUGUACA